AUGACCACCGAACUCACAAGCCUCUUCAAAAACAAAGGCUUCUCUGCCCGCUACAAGCUCGCAGAGCAGCUUACCGGCCUAUACGCCCGCCCUCUUAUAAGUCAAUCUGAUAUCGCAUCAUACCCAAAUCGCCCCGUCGUCUUCGACAAUGCCUGUGGUACAGGCAUCAUCGGAAGCGUCCUUCACGAUACGCUCGGUGAGCGAGUUCGACAGAGCUGGGAAUUGACCUGCGGCGACUUCUCCCAGGAGAUGGUCAACUAUACCCAGCAGCGAGCUGUGGAUGAAGGAUGGCUUAAUGCAACAACGAAGGUUGUGAAUGCUCAGGAAAUGGAUCUACCAAGCCAGCAUUUUACGCAUGUCUAUACUGCUUUCGAGUGCCUCCGAAUCCUCAAACCAGGCGGAAUAUUCGCGGCAACAGUCUGGAAAGAUGUCCCUCAGAUAUCUAUGACGCUCUCCUCCAUCUCCCCUCUGCAGCCAGAUCUCCCACUCCCCACCGCUUCAGAAUUCAUCCCCCAGCUCCUCAAAGGCUGGGACUCAGAGACCACCGUGCAGUCUGAGCUCGAAGCAGCCGGAUUCACGGACAUCAAGAUCACGCCUGUCACCGCUAAGGUCGCUAUGCCUAUUGCGGAGUUCGUGGAGCUGAGUAAGAGCAUGGUUCCUGCGUUCUUGGGCCGCUUUUGGACGAAGGAGCAGCGUGAGGAGCAUGAGGGACGUGUACCAGAGGUUAUGACGAAAUGGCUGGAGAAUGAGUUUGGGGUUGGUGGAAGUGUGCCUCUUGAGCCUACGGCUCUUGUUGUUACUGCGCAGAAGCCUGAGUAG